AUGCCUCAGCCCAAAGGAGACUUGGUCUUCUUCGUUGUCCAUCAGAGACAAGACGAUCCUACUGAGAUUGUAGCGCAUCUCGUCAAGCCGGACGGAAUGGAAGAUCUCAAGUCCUACAUGACGGAGAGCGGGUACAAAUUAUGUGAAUCGACCAGGACAGAACCUUUUAAGGCCAUGACUAGCGAGACAUUCUACAUUCGUCUCGUCGGAGAUUUGGUCGUCAACACUUUCGGCAACCCUAGCUAUCGCAGGGACCGCCUCCAGCUCAAAUGGUUACGUAAUCGAGUCAACAGGAAGGACUUCUUCGUUGAGGGCGUCUACAGGGGGCGUUUCCAAGCCGAUUACAGUGGGAAGGUCCUCCUGCAUCGUCUCACGGUGCACGCUGGGACGACUAACCGAGGAAGCGGGAGACAGUUUACUCUGAAUAACCUGGAGAGCAUUCUGGGAGAUGUGGUGUCGUCAUCAAAGAUGGCCAUUCCGAAGGAAAGAGAACAUCCUGCUCCUCCUGAAAUCCAAGACAGUUUCACUGAAGAAGAGGUCGUUAAAGACGUAGUCAUCCGAACCAUCUCCAAGGAUAUUCCCAAGAACUGCGUGGUGCCUCUCGCUAUGCACCUCUUCGGUCUCUCCGAGGUUGAAAUCCUAAACCUUAGUCUCCUCCCGCAUCACCGAGACUUUGAUGAGCAGCGCUACGCCGUUCUGGAAAAGUGGAUGUUAACGAUGGGAGAGGAGGCUACCUUUACCAAGCUGAUUGAAGCUUUCAGGGCCGUCAAGAUGACGUCAGCAGCCAUCAAUCUCAACAAGAACUUGCUGACCAAUGAGCGCUUGAAAUCGGUUGCUAAGGGACUGCCUGGCGACCUCCAACCUCUAGCUGACGCCGUCAAAGUCGAUCUCGAGGAAUCUCGUCAGAACUACGUGGACGAGCUUAACGACCAUAAGUUUCAGAUAUUGUACAGAUGGCGCGAGGACUCUUUCGAGACUCUCAGAAAGAGGGCGUCUCAUACCAAGCUGUUGAGAGCAAUGCGCAAGUGCGGAAUGGAACUAGCGGCCGACAGAUGCACGCUCAUUAGCUCAGUGGAUGCACGUGACGUCGUUCUACUUCGCGUCAUCUCCAAAGACGCCAGCCGCGAGACCAUUUACCGCCUGGUACGUCGGUUGGGUCUGACGGAGGAACAAAUUGACGGCUUCACCAGAGAACACGGACAGGACUUCAACAAGAAACUGUUCCUCCUGAACUCCCUAGUCGCAUGGAAGGACAGCGAUGGGAAGGGCGAAGGGGCCAGGUUUGAAGAUCUCAUGUACGAAAUGGAGGCGGUCGGAUUGAGACAAAAUGCGGAUAUCUUGGAUGAAGAACUCGUCAAGGAUAAACGUUUUAGGUUUGCGGCUACGCAGAUCGAAAAUGACAUGAUGCAGCCGUUAGCGGACGAACUCCGUGUUGAUACCAAACCAAUGAUGAUCGAUUACGACGGCGACUUUCUAGCCGAAUUGGGCUACAGACUAUUGGUGCGCUGGAAAGAGACAAGGGGCAAAUACGCCUCACACACGGAGCUGCUGAAGGCUCUGGAAGGCGCCGGGUUGGGCGCCCUCGGGGUGGACGUGGAUAAGAUGGGAUCUGUGAACAUCGAUAAAGGUGCGAUGUGCGAUUUUUGCCUCCGAUAUGUCACAAGUUGGAUCCACGUCAGCCGCGCCCAUGAGUGGCCCUCCGUGGUCCAGAACAUCCCCUCAAACGUCACCCAAGGCCUGGACAAACGCACGGUGGAUCUCAUCAAGAGACAGCAGAGAGAUCCGUGCGACCAGAUGGCCAGGGCUUUGAUGGUUUGCAGGGAGAGGGGUGUGUUCAAAACGGCAGGGGCACUGGUCAACAGAUUGAUUGCUUGUGGGUUUGAGAAGACCGCCCUCAUGCUGCUGGAUGUGUCCAGGUCACAGUAUUACUGCACAACACUGCGGCUGGAGGACGUCUAGCAAGAAUUUCCAACAUUUGAACUCUAGAGAGCGCCCUCUGUUGAUAGUAAUCAAUUUUUGGCAGGUGCAAAAAUGCAAAGCUGUUUAUGAAGUGAUUUUGUAGAAGAAUUUUCAGGUAAAUGAUGAUGUCCAAAAAUCUGAAGCCUUUUUUUCAAGAACAAAAAAAGGUAGGUGGCACUUCAAAUGAAAGGCAAAUUUUUAAAUGAGCAACAGUUAGGCUGGUCCAAUGACACAAUUAUUGCCCAACAUAGUGCUUACAGUAAUGCCAUCUAUGCAAUGACUCCUGGGAACAAGACCAAGAUGUCGUCCUUAACAUGUUAGGAAGUCAACACUGUUUUGAUGUGAUGAGGUUUUGCACUGAGACUGCACCCUUUCCACUACCUUGUCUAAGGAGCAAAUUGUUUUCUUUGAAGAAAUUUUAUGUAUUUUAUAAAAUUAUGACAAUCAUUUUGUGAAAAUCUUUAUUUCAAGUGUGAAUCCUUUUCUGAAUAGCAAUUUGACCUUGAAAUUUCAGCAUCAUUUU